AUGAAGAAUCCAAAAAUAACGGUUUCCCUAGAAGCAAUUGUACAUUUUAGCAACUCCAGCUCGUACAAGUCUUUUGACUCAUGCUUUUAUGAUCUCAAGCCCUCCUGUGAUUGGUGGGAAGGAUCACGGGAAGUUGAAACUUCGCGAAAAGUACACACAUGUCAUGCAUGUAACGGUCAGAAAUUUGACAGGUGUGGCAGCUGUCACGGCACUGGAAGAGUGGGCGAAGAUGGCAAUGAAGCUACUUGUGGUAGUUGCAGCGGCAGAGGCUUCAGAGAAUGCUGCGCUUGCAAUGCGACAGGAUUCAUCACAGAUAUAAAUUUGGUUGUCGCCGAAUACAAAGAGAAAGAUGACUUCCACUUCGAGGGAUCUCAAGUGGGGGUUCCAGAUGAGAAGCUUGAAGACGUCAUUGGAAUAAAGAUGUACAAUGACGAACAGUACCCGUUUAUACCCCCCAUUCCUCACUACCCCGAAUCAGCCACUCUAGAUGACGCUGUAAUGAGUAUACUUCAGAAACAUCACGAGAAAUACGCGGUCAAAAAAAGCGACUACAAACGAGUUCUGAAACAGAAGCACUCUUUGAUGGCUAUUCCUGUAUCUGAGGUGGAUCUAACUUACAAGGAGAAAGAAUACAAGGCAUGGGUGUAUGGAUCAGAGAAAAAAGUGUAUUGUCCAGAAAUGAAGAAAUGUUGCUCGAUUUUGUAGAUUCGUCUUUGUAUAAAUACCAAAAAAAUAAUCAGUUAAUUGCACAAAACAAAAUCAGAUUUUUCCAGUUUUU